AUGAUGGCACAGUCAAUUCGAGUCAAGAUGAUGGACAAGGAAAAGAACGUGGCAUUGUCUGGAAAUUUCAUCACCGAAAGCUCUCUCAGACACGCUUUUCUUCUUCCGCCAGAUGCGAUUGUAAAUUUGUCGUAUGAGUCCAAUGGCAUGCAGAUUCAUUGCGCGGCUCAAAGCGUUCCGAAAAUAUGCUUUUUGCUUCCGGAUGGCUGGUCGACUAUGCAAUUUUUCUCGGAAUCAAACAGGGCACCCUCUCGAAUUGCGACGUCGAUGGACAUUCAAGAACGCCCACUGAGUUCGUUUGAACUGGAAAAAGAAGCGGACAGGAUCACAAGAAUCAUGAACUUUUGGGAAAGUCGAGUGUUUCGCAUUAGUGGCAAUAAAUUGACAGGAACAUGUGUUUUAAUCAAUGAUCGUCAUGUUUUAACCGCUGCUCACUUAUCCUUCAAGCUAAAUCAAUCGUACAAAAUCAAAGGAGCUGGAAAUCAAGAGUUUACUGUCAACUGCGUUUUUAUUUGCAAACCUCUCGAUUUCGCCAUACUCCAGUCAGAUGAUUUUCCGAUCCUGGAACUGUCAAUGACCUCUUUGGAACGAGGCGCUAAAUUCUUCAUGAUGGGCUAUCCGGACUGCGUUGAUUCUUCUAAUCCGACAAUCACAAAAGGAACCAUCAAAGGACAUAUGGACGAUUGUCUUCAUCUAGUUGGAACUCCUGGUUCGAAGCGAGGCUACUCAGGCGCUCCAGUCUUCAAUGAUUCCGGAAGAUUAGCCGGACUAUUGCUCGGCGGCACAUCUACAUUAAGUGUUAAUACGACCAUUCAAGAAUGUCUGGAUUCGUCUGCUGAACAGAAAUAUGCACGCAUCUUAGGAAUCGGAUACAUCGUUAACCUUCAUAGUGAAGGCAACUCGGACAGCGGAUCCUAA